CAACCACCCUUCGCGGGAUCCCCAGCUUUUGUGAGAAAGAUACUUUAGUCCUGCAAGGCCGAAAUUACAAAGUCGCCAAAUUUAGACGUCUUUCUUGCACAGUUGUCUUUACAUGAUCAAGAUUCAAGAUGCAGAAAUCUGGUGAGGAACCUACUGCGAUGACUAUCGAGAAUGCAGGUAGUCCCGAAGCGCACCAUGACCGGAAAACUCAAUUACAGAGUGUUGAUCUGAUUGAGGAUGAAUAUCCUGUCAAGUUGAGUUGGAGAUCUUGGUUGGUUGUCUUCAUCAUUUGUUUUGUCAACAUGUCACAGAUUUUCGUCGUGACAGCUGCUGGAAGCGUUAUUGCUUUUAUUAUUCGGGACUUGGGAGAUGCAUCAAUAUCUGGAUGGAUCAUACAGGGCCCUCUUCUCAUGCAAGCCGUGCUAUCACCAAUUGUCGGUCGCCUAUCAGACGUUAUCGACCGGAGGUAUCUAGUCUCUAUACCACCACUAAUUGCUUUUGCUGGGGCUGUUAUAUCAGCAAGGGCAGAAAGCAUGUCGGUUCUCAUUGGCGGGGGAAUUCUAAUUGGAUUCACAUUGAGCACUGUUGCGAUCAUUGAGGCUGUACCAGCUGAAGUUCUUCCCUUGAAGUACCGUGCACUGGCAAGCGGCUUGGGAUUUGUUGGCGGCGCUACCGGUGGUUUGCUCGGUGUUCUCGGUGCUGGUGGUGUCACCAAUACAGAUGCUGGAGGAUGGCGCUCCAUCUUUUGGAUACAAGCUGCGUUCCACUUAACAAGCUCCGUCUCACUCCUUAUAUUCUAUCAUCCAAAGCGACACCCAGACUAUCCUGAUAUGACAUUGAAAGAAAUAGUCUGGGCUUGUGACCCGAUUGGAUCUGCCUUGUUCAUCGAAGGGUCGCUAUUGCUACUCUUGGCCUUUGACUGGUCGAGUGCAUAUCCUUGGGGCAACGUACAUGUCGCAAUACCAAUAGCAAUCGGUGGAGCGUCACUGCUCUUGUUUUGCUUCUAUGAGUGGAAGGGCAGGUCGGAUGGGAUCGUGGCUCAUUCGCUCUUCAAGGGAAGUCCGAACUUCAUGUUAUCUGUAUUUGCUUUUGCCGUUGAAGGCUGGAUCUUUUACUCGGCUGUAAAUUCUAUUACCCCUCAGAUUGUUCUUAAUCUUGGAUUCGAAGACACUUCAUGGCAAAUCUCCAUCAGACAGCUUAGUUAUAAUCUUGUAUCUCUUUUUGCAUGUCUACCUAUCACCUGGUACGCUACAAAGUAUAAGGACCUCAAGAAUCCGACUAUAGUCUGUUUUGUACUCUUUUUGAUUGUCUGCAUUUGCUACGCAACUAUUACUCCUGCUAUGAACCACGCACAGAUUGGAUACAAUGUGAUCGCCGGGAUUGGACAAGCUGGACCACUAAUCCUGAUCGUUGCUCUCGUUCAAUUCACCGCUCCUCACCAAUAUCUCUCUUGCGCAACCGGUCUUGCGUUCUCAGCACGUGCAAUUGGAGGAGCAUUCGGCUCGGCCGUCCUCGACGCCAUCAUCAACGGAAAACUGAACUCUAAAUAUGAACCUAGCAUACUUUCAGCUGCAACUGGAGCAGGCCUGUCAGCCAGCGCCGUGCCAGCCCUUCUAGCCGCACUAGCAGCUGGUGAUUCAACAGCAAUUGCUGCUGUCCCCGGAAUCAAUGAGUCGAUUAUUGCAGCCGUAGUGAAUGCAAGCCACUCAGCUUAUGCGUCUGCGUACAGACUCGCAUGGGUAUCUAUCAUACCUUUUGUUGUGUUAGCGAUUGUGGCUAUAUUCUUUUUGAAGGGCGUUAAGGAGCAAAUGACUGAGAAAGUCGAAGCAACGGUCGAGCAUGUCCCAGACAAAUUGGGAAUGGAGAAGUGACGAGUGCAGCGGGGUAUGGGUAUAGAUCAGGUAGAGACUGUGACGGCCGAAUCAAGGUGU